GUGCUCGACUCGAACUUAUCCAAUGCCUAUGCAUUGCCUAGGUUGCUUAUCACUUCGGCUGUUUUCAUUAAUUUUUCGAAAUGAGAAGUUCUUUCGUAGAGUUUUUAUGGCUUUUGGGUUUAUCUGAAACCGAAAGCUGACUAUGCUUUUCCAUCCUCAACUAUAUAAACCCCUCGCUAUCACCCAUAACCCAUCACGGAUAAAGCUAAACACUUUGCUUGUGUUGUGUUUGUAUAAAUUUCAAAACAAGGUUGUGUCAAAGUUGCCCAUUACCUCUUCUUUCUUUUCUUUCCCAUAUAGCAAAAAAGCUCAAGUUAAUGAAAGAAAUGGCGGCUUCAUUGCUUGUAUCCUCCUCUUGCCUAAGUGGGUCUCUUCUAGUUCCCCAAGUCAGGCCUCAGAUUCUCACUCAGAGGACACCACCUCAACACUUUUCUGGCUCGGUUUCUCAGUCAAGAAUUAAACGCAAGGCUCCAAACUUCUGUCCUACGGCUACUACUCUAAGAAGGAAUUUAGAAGCGACCCGAGUGCCAACUUCUGUCCCAGUUCGCGUAGCUCAUGAGCUUUUACAAGCUGGCCACCGCUACUUGGAUGUUAGGACCCCUGAAGAAUUCAGUGCAGGACAUGCUCCUGGGGCUGUUAACAUCCCUUACAUGUACAGAAUUGGUUCAGGGAUGACAAGGAACCCUCACUUUCUAGCAGAAGCAUCAUCACAUUUCAGAAAGCAAGACGAAAUUAUUGUUGGAUGCCAAAGUGGAAAAAGGUCUAUGAUGGCUGCCACUGAUCUCUUAGCUUCUGGCUACACUUACAUUACUGACAUAGCUGGUGGAUUUGCUACUUGGUCUCAUAAUUCACUCCCAAUGGAGUAGAAGUAGUUUGAAGAAAGAAGCAAUAAAUAUAAGAAUAACUUUCUAAUGGGAAGAAGGGAAAAAGAUGUAGAAGCAUUAUUCAAAUUUGUACCAACUUCUUCUUCUUUUUUGAAUUUGGAGGGUGUUGUUGCACAAAUUGUAAAAUAAAUUAGAAUAAGGAAAAAAAAUGUGGGUAAUAUGUAAGAACAAAAAAAAGCUUGUAUAUUGUGCAUUUAUAGAAAAAUGAAAACUUGUCAAACUUUGUAAAAAGUUUUUCUUAUAAAUGUGUCUUUUUUGUCCUCA